UCAGCUAGCUGGUCUGUUAUGGCGGAUCUGGGGGGAAGCGAGUUAGCAAAUGGAUACGAUACGUGGAUAGAAACACUUUAAUAAAAAGGAUAAUUCUUGCGUAUAUAUAUAUGUGCGCCAUCAUGUCCUCCCAUCGAGAAGGAGACGGUCACCAUUAUCAGUUCGUAGGACCUUAUCGUCUCGAGAGAACUCUGGGAAAAGGACAGACAGGUUUGGUGAAACUGGGUGUGCAUUGCAUAACCGGAAGAAAAGUGGCCAUUAAGAUAAUUAAUAGAGAAAAGUUAAGCGAAUCUGUUUUACAGAAAGUGGAAAGAGAAAUAGCAAUUAUGAAACUCAUCGAACACCCACAUGUUUUGGCUUUAUACGACGUGUACGAAAAUAAAAAAUACCUGUACCUGAUCCUAGAACACGUUUCUGGCGGUGAAUUAUUCGAUUAUUUAGUUAAAAAAGGACGCCUUACACCAAAAGAAGCUAGAAGGUUUUUCCGCCAGAUAAUUUCAGCCCUCGAUUUCUGCCACAGUCACUCUAUAUGCCAUCGUGAUUUAAAACCGGAAAAUCUCUUACUGGACGAUAAAAAUAACAUUCGAGUCGCUGAUUUUGGGAUGGCUUCGCUUCAAGUCGAAGGCUCCAUGUUGGAAACGUCUUGUGGUUCUCCUCAUUAUGCUUGCCCAGAAGUGAUCAGGGGCGAAAAAUACGACGGAAGACGUGCAGAUGUAUGGAGUUGCGGAGUUAUAUUAUAUGCAUUGCUUGUGGGUGCCUUACCAUUCGAUGAUGACAACCUUCGUCAGUUGUUGGAAAAAGUGAAGCGAGGUGUUUUCCACAUUCCCCAUUUUGUAUCUCCAGAUUGUCAAAAUCUUUUGAGAGGUAUGAUCGAAGUGGAUCCGGAAAAACGAAUGGCUUUAGCAGAUGUGACUAAGCACCCAUGGGUGAUGGCAGGAAACAAGACAGAGUUAGAGUUAGAAUUACCCAUGAAAGAAGUCGUACAAACACACAUCAUACCAACAGUCGACGACUUAGACCCCGAUGUACUAUCCAGUAUGACGUCCCUAGGUUGUUUUAAAGAUAAAGAACGACUACUUCAAGAAUUACUAAACGAAACCCACAACACGGAAAAAGUCAUCUAUUUCCUGCUCCUGGAUCGCAAGAAACGAAAACCCUCGUACGAAGACGAAACAGACGUCAUCAUACGCAAUCGAUCGGAAUCGGCCGAUCCUCCCAGAAAGAGGGUAGAUACCUGUCAAGUAAAUGGAAGAGCAGGCCCCAAAUACUCGUUCGAGUUGUUGACAGAAGGAUCUCCCGUAACGACGCGAAGGUAUCCAUACGCAAGGGGAAGGAGAAGCGGCAGCUGCUUACACUCCUCCAGUCCAUCGGUGUCUCCUCUCAGUUCUCCUAAACCAACAGCUCGAGGACCGACCGAAGACAGUCCAUUGAGUACCCCGCCCGGUUCGCCGAAUCUCAACCAACCAUAUUGGAAAUCUCGUCUUUCCACCAUCCGUAAUAGCUUCCUUGGCAGCCCGCGCUUCCAUCGUAGGAAAUUGCAUAGUGAACAAAGAAAUAAAUUAAACAAGAGUAUUUGUUUGAUUAACAAAGUAAAUGAGAAACAAUCGAGGAAUCCUUUAGAAGUAGCAGGAGUCGUAUAUAGGUUGAUGUCUACUUGUACGGAACAGAAAUAUUAUAUUGGAGAAACAGGAAGAAAACUUGAAUUAGCAGAUGUGACUAAGCACCCAUGGGUGAUGGCAGGAAACAAGACAGAGUUAGAGUUAGAAUUACCCAUGAAAGAAGUCGUACAAACACACAUCAUACCAACAGUCGACGACUUAGACCCCGAUGUACUAUCCAGUAUGACGUCCCUAGGUUGUUUUAAAGAUAAAGAACGACUACUUCAAGAAUUACUAAACGAAACCCACAACACGGAAAAAGUCAUCUAUUUCCUGCUCCUGGAUCGCAAGAAACGAAAACCCUCGUACGAAGACGAAACAGACGUCAUCAUACGCAAUCGAUCGGAAUCGGCCGAUCCUCCCAGAAAGAGGGUAGAUACCUGUCAAGUAAAUGGAAGAGCAGGCCCCAAAUACUCGUUCGAGUUGUUGACAGAAGGAUCUCCCGUAACGACGCGAAGGUAUCCAUACGCAAGGGGAAGGAGAAGCGGCAGCUGCUUACACUCCUCCAGUCCAUCGGUGUCUCCUCUCAGUUCUCCUAAACCAACAGCUCGAGGACCGACCGAAGACAGUCCAUUGAGUACCCCGCCCGGUUCGCCGAAUCUCAACCAACCAUAUUGGAAAUCUCGUCUUUCCACCAUCCGUAAUAGCUUCCUUGGCAGCCCGCGCUUCCAUCGUAGGAAAUUGCAUAGAAGAAUUGAUGCAAAAUUGAAAGAUUAA